UACCGCUCGCUCACAUUUAAGAGCCACGAUUCGUUUGAGUUACAAGCAAACAUUGUCGGCUGUGUUGACAAAAGCUGAAACAUAGCUUUUUAAAAACGGUGAGUUUACUUUCACACUUCCAUUGACGACACCUGCAGCCCGCCUCUGCUUAAUUCGGAAAAUUUUCCUCUUUUGUAACUGAAAAACGGUAAAAAGACUGGAAAACCUGUACAACUAAACGAUGUUUAAGCUAUUAUGAAAAUCAUUCCAAACAGUUAAAGUUUGAGUGUAAAUCCGAAAGAAGUGAACGCCCAAGAAAGGAUAUUUGAUGACAAGGCCCAUCUAAACAUCACGAAAGCGUUAAAAAUCCAGCGACACCUAACCAUAUCAUGAACUUUGGUAGCAAAACGAUCGUUUGGCAGGGACUCUGAGUCUUGCAGUCUUUCAAUUACACCACGGAGAUCAACCAGACCACAACCAUGGGCGAUAACGCAUCACUGACCACAAUUGAAGUCUUUUCUUGGCAGUUAAAAAGCCGAUCGACUGUCAUUCAGGCCACAGAGUCGUUCUUCAUGUUGUUUAUCAACUCCCUCUCUUUCUUUGGGAAUCUUCUUCUUGGAAUCGCUGUCAUCAAAAACCCGAAUCUUCGCAAGACUGUUCCCAAUAUGUACAUCAUAACUUUGGCUGUCUCAGACUUCUUGAUGUCUUUGCUGGGAAUUCCUUUCUCAGUCGCCUCUCUGAUCGUUGGAAAAUGGCCUUUCAACAACUUUGUCUGCCAGCUUCAAGGCUUCUGGAUUCUUCUCAUGUGUGCAGUGUCAUUACAAACUUUAGCUGUCACUGCUGUGAAUAGAUACUUCCGUGUUGUUCGAUCUCGCACGCAGUAUCAAAAGUACUUUAACAUCAAGACAACAAAGGUAACAAUCACGAUUUUGUGGAUCUUGGCUCUGUUUGCGCCACUUCCAUACGUUGUUUCCGGACACGAGUUUUUCUUUCACACUGGUAAAGUUUUCUGUGCGCACAAUGCUGAAAGCUUAUACCAGGGAUAUGGAGCUUACUUGGUUCUCGUUUAUGUGCUUAUUCCUUUGAUUAUCAUCAUAACUUGUUACACCAAAGUGUUCUUCACCGUUCGAAAACAUAACCUCAACUUUCGACUUAGUCAAAAACGAAGACAGCUCAACCAUCGCAGUGAUAGUCUUCUAUCCGUGGACGAAGUAAAGGUUACCUAUAUUCUCCUUGUGGUUGUAAUUGGUUUUCUAACUUGCUGGACCCCUGUGAUGGUUAUCGACAUGAUUGACUUCAUAAACGCGGACUGGAAACUCAAACGCCAAGUUUACGUGAGUUACACUUGUUUUGGAUUUGCUAGCACCUCCCUGAACCCCAUCAUCUAUGGCAUCAUGAAUCGUUCCAUCCGCGCGGAGUACCUGCGAAUCUUAGCGCCUUUGAGGGUGUGGGUAUCUUACGGUACCGCGAGCGAUGUCAAAGCAGACACUGCAACGGACGAACCCGCGAACAGCACCCGACGAACUUUGGCCGGAAACAAAGUCGGCGUGUCAUUUGAACGCAGUGAAGAAAGAUUUCCACCUCAAGACAAUUGCUCUCAUAAUCAGAAGCCAUCUUUGUAUCGAGCAGAUAGCUCGACACAGCCAGCAAGCAGCCGAGGUGUACAUGGGAUAUCGAGCAUUAAAUUUGGGCCGACAUAUUCCUUGUGACGUAGAAAUAGUCGCCACGGUGAUAAUAUGAAAAGAGAGCUUAAAGAUCACAGACCAACCAGCCAAAAGCAUCAAAGCAAGAGGUAUGACACCUGAUGCAAACGACUGUGUUGUCGAUCACUACUUUUCAUGUAAAGGACUUCGAAACGUCACGGAGGAGAGACAAACUUUACUCUUAGAUUUUUAAGCUCUUAACUUUUUCCGUGAAUUCUUUUUCUCGGAGAAUCGCUUCAUUUUCUCUCGAAAAAAAUCAAAAGAGACCAAUAUAAGACAAAAGUCUUCUGAGGUGAAAUCCUAAAUAUAGCACUUUUUGUAUCAUACUUAUGCCGCUUAUUUAAACUUACUGCUUAAUGAUAUUUCAUAAUAAAAACAAGCGAGAUUAAAACAUUUCGGCGAAGACAUGUCAUCAUUAUCGAAUGUAAAAUUAUUAUAAGUUCAGUGACGUUUUAUAGAGAAUGGAAAGUGUGACACGAAAUUAGAAUAAAAUGAGAUGGAGUGAAUCAGUCGUGUACUACAACCAGUUUUCACAAGUAGGAAAAUCUCGAAAGGUUUAAAAAUCACGGAAACAAAGCUGUCACUGGUAAACCAACAAAGCGUUGUAUAUGAAUCUAAAUGUAAUUCGUGUGAUGCGAAUUUUAUAGGUUACAAGAACCGUCACCUCCACCUUCGUAUUGAGGAGCACAAAUAUUCCGUCAUCGGAAAACAUCUUAAAGACGAACACAAUCAAAGACCGAACAAUCUUCACGAGCAAUUUGCCAUCCUAAAGAAAUGCCGCGGAAAGUUUGAAUGCCUUAUCUGAUGAGAUGUUUUUAAUAAGGAAAAAGAGACCGACUCUGAACAAUCAAAGACUCCAUUCCAGCGAAACUGUUUAUUUAAUUGUGUACAUUCUUUUGUUUCACUCCAUCUCAUUUUCAUUCUGAUUAAGUUUCACACUUUCCUUCCUCUAUAAAACGUCACUGAACUUACAAUAGUUUACAUUUGAUAAUGGUGACAUGUCGUCGCCGAAACAUUAUGUUUUAAUCUCGCUACUUUUUAAUAUGAAAUGUUUUUUCUAAAUCUUUCGCUAUCAGAAAUGCUUAAUAACAGUGGAUCUUUUGAACAAGUAUUGCUAUAACGCAGAAAAUUAUUGUAUGCAUAUAUGAUUUCCUAUACCUGGCUUAAUUGUUUAAAUAAUCUUUAUUAUUUUUUAAGCCAAUCAAACGCAGUCGUAUUCAGCAGAAGAAGAGAUACCCUUAGUCGUCUUUCUUUAAAAUCGUCAGAUGUAUUUCGAGUGCCUAGUGCUUGAAUGUAAAUAUGAUUUCCCUCUCCUUUCCACCUGUGUGCGAUUUCGGUUUCAAGGGUCACUCACCCAAAACUGACCAAUCCUAUCUCAGGAAACGAGCGAUGAAUUCCACCUACGUUUUAGCCCAAUCUUCUCUAGUUUGAUUAAUAUUUUCGUUUGCGUUUGGACCCGGUGACAGAAGCGGCAAAAUAUUCAACUGCAUGUAAGCAUUGUACGUUUUCAGCAUUGCUUUAAGGAAACCUAAGUUUUAAAGAUAUUUAUCAAUUUGUAGACACUUCUUUCCUUCUAUAACAAAGAAUGUAUUCAGAAUUUGUUGGCCGUUAAUUUUCAUAUGUUGUGCGAUGGUCGGCAGCAGAAGAAGAGUUACCCGUAGUAGUAUGGAUGUGCCUUCAAUGCUGAUGGGGGCCUUCCCAUGACCUACCAUAUGAGGUACAACACCCAGAGAGGCCAGCAACGUAGCUUUUCCAUCCUCCAUCCUAUUGGCCUUCGAAAACAGACACUUUCUAUAUAACCCUUAGAGUGACUGGCAUCUAAUUUCUCCU